AUGGAUGCCCUCAACACCACGGUCACCACGACCACGACAGCCACGGCGGCUUCGCUGGCUCUCACCAGCGCUGCCGGUCCUGUAGAUGGCGCGACCACCGCCCUGUCAUCGGUCAUGACCCGCGCCAGCGACGUCGUUGUUGCACAUGGCUCUUCCUCGUGGAUCGGUCUCAUCGCGAGGCUGAUUCUCUGGAUCCUGCAGCUGCUGUCCACCAUCAUCUACUACGCCUUGAAGCUCACCACCAUCUCCAUUCCUACCCUGCUGUUCAGCCUUUUCUCCGCCAGCCUGACGGUGACUAUGAAUGCGACUACCCUUAUGCUGAUCUUGGGGAUGGUAUUCUCUGGGGUCACCUGGGUGGUGCGGUAUCGAUACCUGAACAUGUAUUCCAGGCUUCCCCCAGAGCCUCAGAGGAAGGAGCCAGAUGUUGAUCUCUUCCCCGACACCCACGAGGCCGGCGUCAAGUCCGGCCUCUCCAACUACCUUGACGAAUUCUUGAGCGCCAUCAAGAUCUUUGGCUACCUGGAACGCCCUGUCUUCCAUGAGCUGACCCGCAGCAUGCAGACCAGGAAGUUGAUCGCCGGGGAGACCAUCAACCUGGAGCACGAGCAGGGCUUCUGUAUCGUGGUGGAUGGGCUGGUCGAGAUCUUUGUCAAGUCGUCCAGGAACAGCAGGAGAUCGUCCAAGAACUCUCAGAGUGAGGGGGAUUGGGACUCGGGCAGCGACACUGAGGACCGCCAUCCAGGGCGGCAGCAGUAUCAGCUCCUCACCGAGGUGCGCAAUGGCGCACCCAUGUCCUCCUUGUUUACCAUCAUGGCACUCUUCACCGAAGACGUCAAGCUGCGCCAUUCCGAUGAUGAGAAUUCGGUGCCCAACACUGCCGCCUCGCAGAAUGGUCAUACCAGAUACUCCUCGGUUGGGGACAGCCAAAAGUCACCUGAAUCAUCCUUGCCAGCGACCCCAAUGUUUGAAGAGGGAUCGGACGGCCGUAGCCUGAGAGUUCCGGAUCCCAACUUCCCGCUUGGAAGCGGUGGUUCUUUGCCGAGGGUACCGCCCAUGUCCCUUGAUGAUGGGCUCUUGUCCCCUCACCAUCCCGAGAGACGACCAGGACUCAAACAUGGUGUUUCUAGCUCGGCUCAUCCGGAUAUCAUUGCUCGGGCUUCUGUAGACACAACCAUCGCCAUCAUUCCGGCGAGUGCAUUUCGACGCCUGAUUAAAACAUAUCCCAAAGCGACAGCCCAUAUUGUGCAUCUGAUUUUAUCUCGAUUUCAGAGAGUCACUCUCGCUACCGCCUUCAGCUAUCUUGGAUUGACUGCUGAAGUGUUGCAGACCGAGAGGAACAUGAUCAAGUAUACUGUGUCUCAGUUGCCCAACCCGUUGAGGGGAGAUCCCCUGGAGCGCCUCAAGGAGAAAUUCAAGCGUGAGCGCGAACGCAUCGGGCAAGGCGACGCUGCCAAGGGCAUUGCACUUCACAACUCUGCCGCCGCCAGUCGUCGCCGCCGCCGCUCUUCGACCGGACUUCGGAAGGAGGCCGUGUUGCAGGCCAUGAAGGGAUCGGUUGUUGGAUCGACCAUUUUCCCACCUCAAGAGCGAAGCUCAAUCGAUGUGCCAAGCCCUGGUGACCUUCUGGCCAACAUGCAGCAGGCACGGAGCGGUGGUGGCUCGUCAGCCUCCUCGGCCACUUCUCCGAGAGAUUCUACGACUGAGGGAUCCGACGCCUUGUUCAAGGAAGGGUCAUCACCUUUGGCAGAGAGAAGAUUCAACCCCUUUACGAGUCAGCGUAUCUCUCUUGACAAGAGAGAGAAGGUGGACGAAGAGAACCUGUUCCGAGAGUCUAUCCUAGAAUGCAUGUUCAAGGCCAUCGGCCUGGAUUCGAAUGGCUCUAACUCCCGCGGAGCCGAUUCAGCCGAGGCCUCGCCCAGGCUGGUCUCAUAUGAUCAGAGACGCCACAAGGCUGUCUUCUCCAAUAAUGCUUUCGGCUUUAUGGAUCCAUUCGAUGCCUCGAUCGAUGGCGAUACCGAUUCAGUGACAUCGGGCAGCUUCACGACAAACAGUCCACCGAGUGCUCAUAGUCUGGCUCAGGAUAUGAAACAUGAGAUGGAGAUUGUGUUCUUCCCCAAGGGCUCUGUCCUUGUCGAGCAAGGAGAGAGGAACCCCGGGUUGUAUUAUGUGAUCGAUGGGUUUCUCGACAUGUGUGCGUCGGCUGCGGAAGCACCAGGAGAGAUCCUGCAAAGUUCUGGCGAAGGCUCGAGCGAGGAACCUGAUCCCUUCUCUCCACCGCGGCGUACGGGGACCUCGUCGUCAAUGUUCUCCAUGCCUGAGUUCGGGCAGAGUGGCCCUGACUUCCGCAAGAAAGGCAGUGCCGGCCGGAAGCACGUGGCCCUCAUCAAACCUGGAGGUCUCGCGGGGUACGUCGGCACCGUGUCUUCUUACCGUUCCUUCAUCGAUGUCGUCGCAAAGACAGACGUAUAUGUGGGCUUCCUGCCUCGGGCGUCGUUGGAAAGGAUCGUGGACAAGUAUCCUAUCGUUCUCUUGACCAUGGCCAAGAGGUUGACUAGCUUGCUGCCGCGCCUGAUCCUCCACAUUGACUUUGCCCUGGAAUGGCUUUCCAUCAACGCAGGCCAGGUGAUUUUCCACGAGGCGGAUGAGAGCGACGCCAUCUAUCUUGUACUUAACGGACGGCUGCGGCUUGUCGAGGAGCGCAAGGAAGGCGGCAUCAACCUGAGAGCAGAGUUCGGCCAAGGGGAGAGUGUUGGCGAGCUCGAGGUAUUGACGGAAUCUGCACGACCUGGAACCCUUCACGCCAUUCGAGAUACGGAAAUUGUCAAAUUCCCUCGCACUCUCUUCAACAGCCUCGCCCAGGAACACCCGAGCAUCACCAUUAAAAUCUCCAAGAUGAUCGCAUCUAAGAUGCGCAGUUUUGUCCAUAACCCUGCUGUUUCCAGAGACGGUCGGGGCCUCGCCACUGCUAGCAAGAGUUCGUCGACUCUUAAUCUGCGGACUGUUGCGAUCCUACCUGUCACGGCGGGAGUACCAGUCAUAGAUUUUGGGCACCGUCUCAUGACCGCCCUUGCGCAGGUUGGAACUCGCAAUGGUGCAACGUCGCUCAACCAGUCUGCCAUUCUCAACCAUCUUGGAAAACACGCUUUCAACAAGAUGGGCAAGCUGAGGCUAUCUCAGUACCUAGCAGACUUGGAAGAGAAGUUUGGCCUCGUUGUCUAUGUAGCAGAUACAAGCGUUAACUCGCCGUGGACUGCGACUUGUAUCACACAAGCUGACUGUAUCCUCCUGGUUGGUCUGGCAGAGGGCUCGCCUGAGAUAGGAGAAUACGAAAGAUUCAUGCUGGGCCAGAAAUCGACAGCACGAAAGAUUCUGGUAAUGCUCCAUGGUGAGCGGUAUUCCGUAUCGGGCAUGACUAGAGCCUGGUUGAAGAAUCGGGUCUGGAUCAAUGGUGGGCAUUUUCAUGUCCAGAUGGACAUUCGAUCGCAGACCCUGCCUAUUCACCCGCCAGCAAAGCGUCUCGGGCUGAACAUCAAGGAGCGGGUGCAGACUCUGCAGGCCGAGAUUCAAAAAUACACGUCGAGAAAAGUGAGGUACAACGCUGUCUACUCGCCUGAUGCACCCUUCAAAGGAGAUUUCCACCGCCUCGCCAGACGGCUCUGUGGCAGGUCUGUCGGACUCGUACUGGGCGGUGGUGGCGCGAGAGGCAUUGCGCACGUAGGUAUCAUCCGAGCGAUGGAGGAAGCUGGAAUACCGAUCGAUGUGGUGGGCGGGACCUCGAUAGGCUCUUUCAUUGGCGGACUGUACGCCCGACAUGCGGACGUGGUGCCCAUCUACGGCCUAGCAAAGAAGUUUGCGGGCCGGAUGGCGAGCAAGUGGAGGUUUGCACUGGACCUCACGUAUCCCUCGGCGUCGUACACGACGGGUCACGAAUUCAACCGCGGAAUCUUCAAGAUCUUCGAGAAGACGCAGAUUGAGGACUUUUGGCUCGAGUUCUACUGUAACACCACCAACAUCAGCAAGAGCCGGGCGGAGAUCCACACGAGCGGGUAUGCAUGGCGAUACAUUCGGGCGUCCAUGUCCCUGGCGGGCCUCCUCCCACCUCUGUGCGACGAAGGCAGCAUGCUGCUCGACGGUGGGUACAUUGACAACCUGACAGUGUCUCACAUGAAAUCAUUGGGGGUCGAUACGAUUUUUGCAGUAGACGUUGGGUCGCUUGAUGACGACGUGCCGCAGUCCUUUGGUGAUACCUUGUCCGGGGCGUGGGCUUUCUGGAACCGAUGGAAUCCCUUCUCAUCGACUCCUAACCCGCCUACCUUGGCGGAGAUCCAAGCGCGCCUAGCCUACGUGUCGAGUGUUGACGCCCUGGAAAGAGCCAAGACCAUGGAGGGUUGCAUCUACAUGCGGCCGCCCGUCGACGACUACGGCACGCUGGACUUUGGGAAAUUUGAUGAGAUUACACAGGUUGGCUAUAGUUUUGGACAGGAGUUCCUACAGCAGCUUCGGGACAAAGGGUUGCUUCCCCUCAAGGAAGAAACCGAGGCCAAAGAGGCGCUGAGGAGGACUAUGGCGCCGCGGAGAGCUAGUAUCUGA